UACCAUUACAUCACACAUAGUCCUACUCAAUUCAAUUCAAUUCAAUUUUUAGAGUACUCCAAGAGAUACCACUACUACUAAUCAAACCACUCUUUCUUCUCUUCUCUUUCUCCUUGCGUGUUUCAAGAGUCACAACAAUUAAUGGGCGCGAAGAAGAUCCAUACCGACGGCGGCGAAAACCACGAUGCCGGAAAGAAAGACGACACCACCACCACCGUGGUCUUGAAAGUCGACAUGCAUUGCGAGGGUUGCGCUUCCAAAAUCGUCAAAAACCUUCGCGCUUUCAAAGGUGUGGAGACGGUGAAGGCGGAGAGCAACACCGGGAAGGUGACAGUUUCCGGCAAAGUGGACCCCACAAAGUUGAGGGAUAGCCUGGCGGAGAAGAUAAAGAAGAAGGUGGAGCUGGUGUCUCCGCAGCCGAAGAAGGAGAAGGAGAAGGCGGAGAACAAAGACAAAGACACUGAAACCAACAACAAAGCAGAGAAGAAAACUGAAGAGAAGAAAAUCAACAAAGACAAACAGGCGGUGACUACGGCGGUUCUUAAGGUGCCACUGCACUGCCAGGGAUGCAUUGACAGGAUUGGCAAGUUUGUGUUGAAAACCAAAGGAGUUGAAGAAAUGUCCAUGGACAAGGAAAAGGAUACGGUGACAGUGAAGGGGACAAUGGAAGUGAAAGCACUUGUGGGGAAUCUGACAGAGAGGCUGAGGAAGAAGGUUGAGGUGGUCCCUCCAAAGAAAGACAAGGACAAUGACAACAAGGAAGAAGGUGCUGGUGGUGGCAAGAAGAAGAACAAGGGCAAUGGUGGUGGUGAAGGAGGAGGAGAUAAUAAUGAGAAAGAUGAGGGGGUAGAUGGCAAGUUAAUAGAACACAACAUGAGGGGAUAUUUGGCUCCUGCUGCAGCAUUUGGGUUUGGUGGUUAUGGUUAUAAUAAUGGGUAUGGAUAUGGACCCUAUGCUGGUGGCAACAUUGGUGGCGGCUAUAACUAUGGACCGCCAGGACCAGUUCAUCCGGAGCAGUUUCAUCACUUUCAGUUAAUGCAUGCACAACAACCACCACCUCACCAAAUGUUCAGUGAUGAGAAUCCGAAUGCUUGUUCUGUCAUGUGAUGAUGAGGUGUCAAAGCUUUCAUUCAAUUGGGUUAUGAUGACGGUCAUUUCAGGACAGGGGAAAAAAGAGUACUAGAAAGUAGUAACUAGAGGCUAGAUAAGAAAAACAAAAGUAGAGUCUUUCUAUAUUCCUUUAUCACUUUGUUAAUCUUUCUUGAAAUUCCACGGAUGCUUUUGAUAUGUGUUUGUGCUAGUAAGAAAAGGGUUUUGAUGUGAUUAAAUUAACCAAUAGUUUUGACAUUAUGCCUCUAACUUACUUAUAAUAUAGUUAGAAGCAUGUCCAUUUUCAAUUUAGUAAGUGAAGUAUAGGCUAAGAGUGGUGUGAAGGUAGUGUUUCUAUAUGGUAAUGCCAAUUUCAGAAUUUGUUAUGAGCUAAUGAAUAAUGUAAAUGAUAAUAUGGAAGAUUCUUUCUCCAGUUGGUUAUAA